AUGUCCAAAGGUAUUUGGAGAUUUAGCCCUAGAAACCAGGUAGCAGUUAAGACUGAGAAAAGAGGGGGUAGAAGAGAAGAGAGAAUGGAAAUGUUCCCAAGGGACAGCCCAGACUUAGAGAAACAGAAAGUGGAAGAUGGAGGAAGCACCGUGACGAAGAGAACAUCAUUGCUUGGAAAGCGUGGGAAUAAGACGCAUACGUUGUGCUGCCACUGUGGCUCGAAGGCCUACCACCUACGAAAGUCCACCUGUGGCAAAUGUGGCUAUCCUGCUAAGCACAAGAGAAACUGGAGUGCCAACUCUAAAAGAAGAAAUACCACUGGGAGUGGUCGGAUGAGGCACCUAAAAAUUGUGUACCGCAGGCAUGGAUUCCGUGAAGGAACAACACCUAAACCCAAGAGGGCAGCUGUUGCAGCAUCCAGUUCAUCUUAAGAAUUUCAACUAUUAGUCAUGCAAUAAAUGUUUUGGUUUUUAAAAA